AUGUUCUUUCUUUCUUUCUUUCUUUCUUUCUUUCUUUUCUUUCUUUUCGUCCCCACCAAUUGUUUCUUUCUGUUUUCCUUCACUGAUGUUCUUUUUUCUUUCUUUCUUUCUUUCUUUCUUUCUUUCUUUCUUUCUUUCUUUCUUCGUCCCCACACCAAUUGUUUCUUUCUUUUUGUAAAUUCUUUCACUUCUUUCUUUCUUUCUUUCUUUCUUUCUUUCUUUCUUUCUUUCUUUCUUCGUCCCCACCAAUUGUUUCUUUCUGUUGUAAAAAUUCCUUCACUGAUGUUCUUUCUUUCUUUCUUUCUUUCUUUCUUUCUUUCUUUCUUUCUUUCUUUCUUUGUCCCCCCACCAAUAGUUUCUUUCUGUUGUAAAAUUCCUUCACUGAUGUUUCUUUCUUUCUUUCUUUCUUUCUUUCUUUCUUUCUUUCUUUCUUUCUUUCUUUCUUUCUUCGUCCCUUUCUUUUCUUUUGUUUCUUUCUUUUGUCUUCGUCCCCAAAAUUCCUUCUUUCUGUUGUAA